AUGGGACUCAAGUACAGUCCACCGCAACCGAUCCAGGUACGCGCACUUCUGACCAACCAGGGCGCAGUUCCAAGCAGGGAACAAAGUAAUGGAGAUAUCCUGAGAUUUCGCAACGGGAGAAUUCCAGCGAAAAUCGAAUUCAGGGAGGCCACACCGGGAACCGCCACCGCCAGAUCGAGGAUCACCAGACCCGCCAUCAAGAUCCUCCAUCUCGCCCACAUCACCACACCAAACGCAUUGGUCGAUAAAGUGCUAAAACCCAAUAAAGAAAAGCCUUUUAAUCGAACUUCACACUUUUGUUGGUAUCACAAUACGCCAACGUCAUCCAUGUGUGACUCGAUAGCCCCUGCAACCUCAGCCCCCCUUGCCAAAAGCCCUCCGGAUUAUGCUCACGGCAUGGGAAUCAGAUUACGUCUAAUUUCUGUGAGAAAUAAGGGCUAUUUGAAUGGUCUUAAAUCAGACUUGUACGACCUGGAAGGUGAGUCCACCGUUCAAAAUUGGAAACCUUUGGAACUUGCAGAAUGCACUUCGCCGUACAGCCUCUUAUUAAUAGCUUGCGCUAAGUUGUAUGCCUAUUGGAUUGUCAUCAACUACCGGGAGGCUUACGAUAUGUACGCUUGUAAUGGAAUUUUGUUUAACCAUGAAAGUCCGCGGCGCGGUGAGACAUUUGUUACCAGAAAAAUUACGAGGGAAGUUGCCAAAAUCCAUUUGGGUCUCUCAGAGUACGUCGUUCUAGGAAAUUUGGACUCGAAGAGAGACUGGGGCCACGCGAAGGACUACGUAGAAGUAAUGUGGUUGAUGCUCCAGCAGGACGCUCCCAAGGAUUACGUGAUUGCGUCCGGACAAACUCGCAGCGUGCGGGAAUUUGUGGAAACCGUCUUUCGCUACAUUGGGAAAGAAAUCGUUUGGGAAGGCGAAGGCUUAAACGAAAUUGGAAAGGAGAAGGAUACGGGAAUAAUCCGUGUUAAAGUGGACGCGAAGUAUUUCCGACCUACUGAAGUGGACCUACUGCUUGGAGAUUCUAGCAAAGCCCAACGGGAAUUGGGGUGGCAAGUGAAGAUUAAGUUUGAGGAAUUAGUUAAGGAUAUGAUGGAUUCGGAUAUUCAGUUGAUGAAAAAUAAUCCGUUGUCAUAAUUUACAAAUCAAUGAUUUUCAAUCUGCA